AUGUCACCACACGCCCACAUCGUCCCGACUGGGACGAAUAACUGGUGGAAGGAGGCCACAGUCUAUCAGGUCUACCCAGCAUCUUUCUUGGACUCUAAUGGAGAUGGCUGGGGUGAUAUCCCCGGUGUAGUGGAAAAGGUGCCCUAUCUUCAGGCACUCGGCAUUGAUGUGGUAUGGCUGUCUCCGAUGUAUGACUCGCCCAUGCAUGAUAUGGGCUAUGAUAUCUCCGAUUACGAGAAGGUGUUGCCUGCCUAUGGAACUGUGAAAGAUGUGGAAGAUCUCAUUGAGGCCUGCCACUCACGGGGCAUGAAGCUGAUUCUGGAUCUUGUCGUCAAUCACUCCAGCGAUGAACAUUCUUGGUUCAAAGAAAGCCGGAGUAGCAAGGACAAUGAAAAGCGCGACUGGUAUUUCUGGCGUCCUCCGCGUUACGACGAAGCUGGAAACAGGGUGCCACCGAGUAACUACCGGGGCUAUUUCGCAGGGAGUACUUGUAGGUGCCAGAUCUCAUGCGAUGAGAGAGUCGCUAAUGGUCAAGCAGGGACUUGGGAUGAGACAACACAAGAGUACUAUCUGCAUCUCUAUGCAAAAGAACAGCCAGAUCUCAACUGGGACAACAAAGCCACCCGCGAAGCUAUCUACAAUAGCGCGGUUCGGUUCUGGCUAGACAAGGGUGUCGAUGGUUUCCGGGUCGAUACUGUCAACAAAUAUAGCAAGCAUACAGACUUUCCCGACGCUCCAAUCACAGAUCCAAAGAGUGAUAUACAGCCAGCCAUCCAGAUGUGGUGCAACGGACCUCGAAUCCACGAGUUUUUACGUGAAAUGUACGACGAGUCUUUUGCCCCAUACGGUGACAUUAUGACAGUUGGCGAGUUGGCCAACACUCCCAACCCUGAGAAUGUCUUGGAAUAUGUCGGUGCGUCAGCUAAGGAGCUGAGCAUGGUCUUUCAUUUGGAUAUUGGACAUAUCGGCAUGGGACCCAGUCUGGAAGAGAAAUACAUCUUCCAUGCCUGGAAAUUGACAAAACUGAAGGCCAUAGUGGAGAAAUGGCAAUCUUUCAUUGAUGGAACAGAUGGCUGGACCACUGCAUUCUGCGAAAAUCACGACAAUGGUCGCUCUGUCUCUCGUUUUGGAUCUGAUGCACCCGAGUUCCGGGAGAUAUCUGCCAAAAUGCUGGCUCUCAUGAUGGUUACCAUGACUGGGACGCUGUUCAUCUACCAAGGCCAGGAGAUCGGUAUGAUCAAUGCUCCUCGCGACUGGUCGAUUGAUGAAUACAAGGAUAUUGAAGGGCUGGGGUACUAUCGGGAAGCAGAGCGGCGAAGUGGCAGUGAUCCCACACGCAAAGAUCAAAUCAUGGAUGGUUUGCGUAUUCUAGCUCGUGAUCAUUCUCGAUUACCUAUGCAGUGGGAUGACUCGAAUCAUGCUGGCUUCACCACUGGAAACCCAUGGAUGCGAGCUCAUGAUCUUUCGAAUGAGAUCAAUGUCAAAAAGCAAGAGAAUGACCCCUCUAGUGUGUUGUCCUUCUGGAAAGAUGUGUUGCUUUUGAGAAAAGAACAUCGGGAUUUGUUCAUUCAUGGCGCGUUCGAAGUGCUCGACUAUGAAAACCAGGAAACCUUCUGUUUUGUGAAAACAAGGGGUGAUAGACAUGCAUUGGUUGUUCUUAACUUCACUGCAGUAUCUCAACCAUUCACACAAGCCGAAAAAGCCAUUGGUAAAAGUUUGCUGGUGGGCAACUAUGAGAGAUCGUCUUUGGAGAUAUUGAAACCUUUUGAAGGCAGAGUGUAUGUUUGA